AUGCUAAACUGUUUUAAACUUCACCGAGCAGGCCAGAGGCCACGGUUUUGGUGGCAGCACCGGCUCGCUUUAAACGAUUAUACAGAGACUUUGCGUGCGCUAGACGAUGAUAACCUUCUUAAAGUACGACUACGAUCCUUGUUGUUCCUAUCUAACUAUCCGAAUACUAAGUACGCUCUACGAUAUCUUCUGUAUAAAGAUAGUCGAGGAGAUUUCACGAUAACUGAAAUAAGAGAUAGAAAGCAGAUUUAUUCUAAGCAGGAGCUAAAUACUUUAUUUAAGUACCGGCUAGUACGUUUCCCUGGUAUUAUUAUAGAGGUAUAG